GGCGCUGGAGAAGGUGACAAAUCGGCGCGUCGUGUGCUCGGCUUUCGUUAUCUCGUUCGGGGAGAGGCUCCGGCCGCGCGGAUAAGGUGUCCGAGAUAAGGUCAUUUACGCUCAUUUCGUCUCGCUCAUCUUGAUCCUGAGGCAGGUGCAGCGAAUUCUCUUCCGAAAUGGCCUGGGUGGGGCCGUUGCUCAAGUGGGCCCUCGUGGCCGCAGUGCUCGCGGCCGUGGCCGCCUCCGAGGACCCGAUCGAGGAUCCAAACCAGGAAGUGGAAAUUAUUGGUGCUCAGACGGACGCAGUCAACCCUAUCUUCGAGCCCUUGCCCGAGGGUCCUAACCUCAUGGGGCAGGUUCACUACGACUACUCAAACUAUGAUUCUCUGAAAAGCAGGCUAGCGCCUCCUGACCCUCACAACUCAGGCGGCGUCCCGUUCAGAAUCACCGAGCAGCGGCUGAAGGAUAUCAGGUCGCAGUUCAUGUAUUGGUACUUUGACCAGGGUGGCUCUGAAAACAGGGGCGACUACCAGAAGGACAUCCAUACGUCCACGCCGCAGAUCCACAAAAACUUCAACUUCCAGUUGCCGUUCUUUGGCUUCAGAUUCAAUUACACAAGGCUCUCUAUGCACGGCUAUUUGGAGUUCAGUGACCCUCCGGAGCAUUUCACGUAUCCGCUGACCUUCCCGGUGAAGGAGUGGCCGAAGAAGAACGAUCCGUCGUUCAUCGGCAUCUUCUACAGCAAGUGCCGCAUCGGUGCCAUCCAUCCGACGGACAUCGACCAGCGCUCUCCCGGCGUCUACUUCAGGCAGGAACGCGAUUUGCAGACGAGAACCGACCAGUUCGGCGUGGAAAUGCGCGAACGACUCAUGUGGGACAUUCGAGAAGGCGUCGUCGGCUCAGACACUUUCAUCCCUAAGCACGCUGUCAUCGUCACCUGGAAGAAUAUGAGCUUUGCCGGCGGUAUCGACAACUCGCUUUACAAGACAAACACGUUCCAAAUGGUGCUGGCUACCGACGAAGUGUACACGUACGCAAUUUUCAACUACGCUGAGCUGCAGUGGACGACGCACACAGAGGCAGGCGGUGACACCACCGGUGGAGAGGGUGGAACGCCGGCUUAUGUCGGUUUCAACGCUGGAAACGGAACGCAGAGCUACGAGUACCAUCCGUACUCGCAGGCGUCCACUUUGAGAGAUCUGUCGGGCAGAGGAUGGGCUAAUAAUUUCCCUGGAAGACACAUAUUCCGAUUAGAUGAGAAAAUCAUGCUUGGAACUUGCAACAAAGAUAUUGCCGGAGCAAAUCUCCCGCUGGUCUUCGCACCAGAGAGCGGCAACAUGCUGGGCGGCACAAUAGUCAACAUCACAGGGCCGUGUUUCGAAGAACACGAAAAGAUCAUCUGCAGAUUCGACACGGAAGACGUGGUCGGCGUCUACGUGGACAGAAACAGGGCGAUUUGCGUGCAGCCCUUCGUCAUGGCGGAGGGUUAUGUCAAGUUUGAGGUGGCGGUCGGCGACGGCAAGUUCAACUGGAAGGGAAAAUACUUCGUCGAAACACCGGCGACUGCGACCGAAAAGAUUUCCUUCGCAACAAAUGCCGUCCAUGAAAAGAAUCCUUCAAAAGUGAAAAUCACGUGGAACGCGUAUAACUUGACAUCGAACAUGCAGGCGAACGUGCAGAUUUCGUUAUGGGGGUACAAGGAGACGACGAUCAGGCCUGAGUUGCUGUACAUUAAUAUGCUGGUUUCCUCUGUGACAAAUCAAGGCUUUUACGAGUUGACACCGGCUUCCUACAGAGACUACAACGACUUUAUGGUUAAUGAUUUGACUUUUGGAUUCAUUAUGAUCAACCUGACAGAUCCCAUGACUUAUGGAGAAGUUCCUGUCAAUCCAGUGCUGUGGAGCAAGCCGAUUCCGCUGGCGUGGUACUUUGCACCGCAAUGGGAGCGAUUGUACGGUCCAAAAUGGGCCGAAGAGCAGUGCGACAGGUGGACAAUGAACGAUCGCUACCUGAAGAACUUCGCUGCUGAAAUUCCACUGUGCCCUUGCACCCUUGAGCACGCCCUGGCCGACAAAGGUCGCUUCCUGCCCGACUUUGACUGCGACAAAGAUGCCAAUCCGAAUUGUUUCUAUCACAAAGGCGCCGUGCACUGCGUCAGGACCGGAGCUCCAAGUUUGGAAGGCUCCGAGCAGCAGUGUUGUUACGACAAGAACAACUACCUGAUGCUCACCUACGACCAGCAGUGGGGCUCGAGGCCACAUCGCUCGCACAACCUCGGCUUCCUGCCCUGGAACGAGGCCAACAAGGUGCCCACUCUGUCGCAUUGGUUCCACGACAUGAUUCCGUUCUACUCGUGCUGCCUUUGGCAAGAGGAACAGGCCGUCGGGUGCGAGACCUACAGGUUCGAGCGCAGGCCCACUCAGGACUGCGUCGCGUACCAGGCCCCAUCCGUUGCCUCCGUUUUCGGUGAUCCGCACGUGGUAACCUUCGACGACCUGGAGUACACGUUCAACGGAAAAGGCGAGUUUGUGCUGGUCCACGCCGACUCUGAGAGGCAGAAACUCGACAUACAGGCACGUUUUGAGCAAAUGCCUGAGAAUUUCUAUGGAGAAGUGAAAGCCACACAGUUGACCUCAGUUGUUGCAAGAGACAACAGCUCGGCCACGAUCGAGGUCAGAUUGAGGCCAUCACAGGCACAAUGGCGAUACAGAAUGGACGUGUUUGCCGACGGAAAACGCGUGUUCUUUGACAGGUCUUCGCUUAAAAUUCAGCAUUUCCCUGGCGUCACUGUCUACACUCCUACUUACAUUUUGAAUCAGUCAGAGGUGGUUAUCAUGUUCCAAUCUGGCGCUGGAGUGGAGGUGCAAGAGAAUCAGGGCUACAUGACGACGCGAGUUUAUCUGCCGUGGAGUUUUAUGAACACGACAAGAGGUCUAUUUGGAAACUGGAGUUUUGAUCUUAUCGAUGAUUUCACCCUGCCAGACGGAUCAAUCGCAGGUGUAUCCCAAAUAAACAAUAACGAGGCAGUUCACAAGCAAUUUGGAAUACAUUGGUUGUUGGAGGACAAGGAAGACUCGAACAAAGGCGGCUCCAUGUUUGUGCACGAAUACUUCCGUACGUCUAGCUAUUAUGCGAACAGCUCGUUUGAACCUGAGUUUAAAAUACGACCUGAAGACAUUCUACCUGCGAACAGGUCACAAGACAUAGUAAAAGCUCGGGAGCUCUGCGGCGACUCAUACCAAUGUCAGUACGAUUACGCCAUGACCCUUAAUCGAGACAUGGCGCUCAUUGGCAAAGGUUUCCACGACGCUUUCGUGAAUAUAAAGGCAGCGAAUAUGAGACCAGUUGUUUCCUGCGGCGUCUUGGAGACACCUCGCUUUGGGCGAAAGAGCAAUUUCUUCUUCAUUCCUGGCACGAAGGUGACGUUUGAGUGCAACCAGGACUUCGUCCUUGUCGGUGACCAGAGACGGCAGUGCAUGCCGAAUGGACAGUGGGACGUCCCGCCCAACGGCUUCACGGAAUGCUUGCGUCACCAGGAGUACGAGUCGCGGCAGGCGUGGGUCACGAUCGGCAUCAUCCUGCUGGUGAUGCUGCCCAUCGUCAUCUUCCUGGCGGGCUUCUGGCUCAGGUACAACCGAAGAAAUCAGAAGAAAAACGGCAGUGGAGGCGUGCAGUCUUGGAGCUUCGUGCGCAGCCACCACAGCGACUCUCCAGACACUCCGUUGAAGACCCACGAAUUCGAGGACGUGGACAGCGGCUUCGCUCCGCCGAGCACACCGUCGGCCAACACGGACACGCUGUCCCCUCCAGCAAGCACCCCCUCCCCGAAGCAGCAGCAGGGCUCGUCGCCGCCAAACAGCACCCUGAGUAGUAGGGGAAGCAAGAAGCGGGUCUCUUAUGAUAAGGUGUACCGCACGGGGGAGCCACUGCCUGGCAAGCCGAUGACCGAGUUUGAGCCCAAGGUGUGGGACCUGGAUGAAGAGACGGACCUCAGCCUGUCCGUGUCCAACAGGGACAGCGAGGCGGCCAGCACGAUCCGCAGUUCGAUCCUCAGCACGCCCAUGCAGUCGCCCCGCACCAGCCAACUGCCACCUCCGCCGCCGCCUCCAACGCAACCCCAGCCGUCCACCUCGCAAUCGGCGUACCAGCCGGUGUACCAGGAGGUCGCCGAUCCACCGAAACCAAAGAAACAGACUCUAGUUUGACGCAAGCGCACGGAAUAGAAAUUUUUCUGCACUCCACCGACAAACUGAUAGUUGUUUUUUUCCGCCACCGUUCAUUUUUUUGUACUUGUCCAUGCAUCUCAAACGAUCGAAUAAAUUGUAAUUUAAGUCCAGA